AUGACUGACGCACUAGAAGACCACGAAGGAUCAGUCAGCAUUGGCGACAGAGCCAUCACCAACCUACGCUUUGCUGAUGACAUUGACGGCUUGGCGGGCAGAGAGGAUGAACUAGCCACUCUGGUGGAGGGUCAUGACAAAAUAUCACAGACCUAUGGCAUGAAGAUCAGUGCAGAAAAGACAAAACACUUGACCAACAACUUAAAUGGCAUUCAACGGAACAUCGAAGUGGAGGGUCAGAAACUGAAGGUUGUUGAUAGUUCCAAAUAUCUUGGUGCCACCAUCUUAGAUGAUGGUUCCAAACAAGAAAUACUGGCCUGA